GUACCCUUCAAAUGACCCUUGUUCCAGUUUAUAAAUUUAAAAUAUGAUCUAAACUACUUGAUCGUUAAUAAAAUAUAACCAAAAAAUAAAUAAGAAUAAUAUUUAAAGUGAUUCACUUAUAAUAAUCUUACUUUAAAUUUAUUCGAAAUCAAAUACAAACAAGAAUGCUUAGUUUUUUCAUAAUAACCAUUUUUACAACAGGUUUAGUUACUUCAAUUAAGCAAUCUGAGUUGACUUUUGGCUAUAAAGAUGUAGCAUGCAACCUAUUGGAAUUGGCACAAGAGAAAAGUCUACAAAUUAUGAAAGAAGAGCGAUUCACCAGGAAUAUCAUUGAAUAUAUAUUGUCAAUAACAUGUGAAAAUAUGAAUGAUAUGAAUAAAAAACUUCAGUGCAAACAUUCAAUGGUUAGUGAAACAAAAACACUCCUAAAAGAUUUCAUUGAAUUCGUUGAAUCCAAUCGUUUCAAAACAAUGGUGAAUUGGUGUCAAUCCACAUUGGAAACACCUCAACAUGGUAAUUCCAGCUUCUUGUGCUCAACAUGUGAAAUGGCUGUAUCAUAUUUGAAAACUUUCAGUAAAUCUGAAGAAGCAAAAUCACUUGUACAUCAAGCUCUUGAUAAAAUUUGUUCACUAACUGGAUCUUUUCAAGUUCAGUGCUCAUUUCUAGGAGGAAUGUUCAUUGACAAAUACAUUGAUACAAUCUCUAGCAUGGAUCCAGAUUCGGCUUGUAUGACAAUGCAUAUGUGUUUAUGAAAAUAGAUACGGUCAACUUAAAUAAAACAAAGCAUACAACUUCUUCUCUUAUCAAUAAAUCAAUUGGAUCCCGCGAGCGGAAUCAUGGAUGUGCACUGCUGAGAAGUCCUACAGUAGGACGAAACGGCCGUCCAGCGCUUCUAGGUUUUCAAUGGUGGUCUAACAUCCAUGACCACAAUCAUAAAAAAACACUUACUAAUUGUUUACUUAAAAAAUAAUUUUGUUGUAAUUUUUUUAUUUUCAGAUGUAAAAGAAGAUUUCGGUUUAAUUGAAAUCGAUUUUAUUACUAAAAUUAAUUACUUUAUGUUUGUAAAUUUAAUACACUAUUUAAACAAAGUUUUGAAAAAUACUUUUAUUAUAUAUAUGAAGCAUUAAAAUAAAUCGUGAAAACAUCAUUGGUU